CGAGUUAACUUAUCUGUUCUAAAUACUACUGAAUCAGAGAUCAUCAUUCGAGAUUACCGCGUGAAUCUCACUCCAUAUGAUAAGCAGUCUUCAACACAAAUAUCAUCUCAUGAUAAUUUUAAAGACAUUUACAAUGUCCACGUUUUACAUUCCGAUAGGAAUCAACAAGUCCUCGAUCUUAUACGAGCAGAUCAUCUUAAUAAUGAGGAAUCCAAACGUCUACUUGAAUGUUGUUCUCAGUACACAGAUAUCUUUCAUCUGGAGGGAGAACCAUUAUCUUUCACUAGUGCACUGGAACAUUCAAUCAAUACAAAGGACUCUGCUCCUGUCCAUGUAAAAUCCUAUCGUUUUCCCGAAUGCCAUAAGGAUGAAGUUGAAGGCCAAAUCAAAACAAUGUUAGAACAAAAUAUCAUUCGUCCUUCAAUGUCACCUUGGAGUGCUCCAGUUUGGGUAGUCCCUAAAAAGAAGGACGCGUCAGGGAAACAAAAGUGGAGGAUAGUCAUUGACUAUCGUAAGCUUAAUGACGCAACCGUUACCGAGAUCUAUCCACUUCCGUUAAUAACGGACAUCCUCGAUCAAUUAGGUCACUCCAAGUAUUUUACGACACUUGAUCUCGUCAGCGGCUUCCAUCAAAUAAAACUUAAAAAGGAAGACGCUGAGAAAACCGGCUUCAUCGUCAUCACAAAUGGCACUUCAGGACAUUAUGAAUUCACCCGUAUGCCCUUCGGGCUGAAAAAUGCCCCUUCAACAUUUCAAAGAUUGAUGAACACUGUUCUAACAGGGCUCCAGGGUUUACAUUGUUAUAUUUAUCUCGAUGACUGCAUAAUCUAUUCUCAUGAUCUCGAUUCACACAUUCAAAAACUAAAACUCGUGUUCGACCGACUUCGUCAAUUUAAUCUAAAACUACAGCCAGAUAAAUGCGAAUUCUUACGUCGCGAGGUCGCUUAUCUAGGCCAUAUAAUCACGGAUAAAGGUGUGUCACCUAAUCCCGAUAAAAUCAAGGCAGUCACAGACUUCCCUAUUCCAAGGAAUGCCAAAGACAUUAAAUCUUUUCUUGGCCUCGUUGGUUACUACCGACGAUUUAUCGAAAACUUCUCCAAAAUCACCAAACCCUUAACUUCCCUUCUUAAAAAGGACGCAGAAUUUAAAUGGUCAUACGACCAACAACAAUCUUUCGAUAUUCUAAAAAAUAAACUAACAUCUGCGCCCCUCCUCCAAUAUCCGAAUUUUAACGAACCAUUUAUUCUCACUACCGACGCUUCCAACUACGCUGUCGGAGCCGUGUUAUCGCAAGGCGACAUAGGUAAGGAUAAACCCAUCGCCUAUGCGUCUCGAACACUCAAUAAGGCCGAAGGUAAUUACUCCACAAUAGAAAAAGAACUUCUAGCUAUCCUUUUCGGAGUGAAGACCUUCCGACCUUACUUAUAUGGUCGAAAAUUUAAAAUCGUCACCGAUCAUAGGCCACUUGUAUGGCUUUUUAAUGUCAAGGACCCUGGUUCUAGAUUAAUAAGGUGGCGCCUAAAAUUGGAGGAGUACGACUACGAAAUAAUUUAUAAACAAGGGAAACUUAAUUGUAAUGCAGACGCUUUAUCUCGUUGCCCUGUCAACACUCUAAAUGAUUUUGGAGAUCCCGAUUCAACUCGUAAUCCUUCUAAUUCUAAUUCUAAUUCUACUAAUUCAUCACCUCGCGUGUCCGAUGACCCGAGUCCUUCUAUUUCCGAAACUUAUGAACAGUUUUUACAAAUAAACCGUCAGCCAGACGUAUCUUAUAAUACAAUCAUUGAAGAACACAAUCAAUCUCUACUUAAAGCUAAGUGUAAACUGAUAGCUUAUCCAACGUCAAUUGACUUAGAUGAAUCUGUCCCAUACUGUACAGAAAUCAUCAAUUCCUCCACAAGCGAACCAAAUAUCCGAGACAUCGAUCGUGAACUUAACACUUAUUAUUCCACAAGUAAUGAUAAGCAUGUCUUUACUCAUCUAUUUAUUCGUCUCAAUCACUAUGACGAAAUGUCUUAUAAGGAUAUAUUCAAUGUCUUACGCGAAUACAGAGAUAUGAUCAAAUACUGGUAUUUGGAGGAAAAGGAAUUCGCAAUCUCAGAUUUUUCCGAUCCUUUUAACAAAAUAGUUUACACUAAAAUUUACAACAUUCUAUCUUUCCUAUUCCAUGAUACCGGAAUCAAAGUAAAUAUCUAUCGAAAUUCAAUACUAUAUCCUACUCCUAGUGAAGUCAAAAACAUUUUAAAAGAAAAUCACGAUUCUGUCUCAGCCGGACACCCCGGCGUAUCUCGCAUGUUUGAUCGAAUCAAAUCUCAAUACUGGUGGAAAAACAUGCGCCAAGAUAUUGAUGAUUAUGUAAAAAAUUGUCGCUCGUGUCAAAUAAAUAAGCCUUUGCGCCAAGUGAAUCGUGCGCCGAUGAUAAUAACAUCGACUGCCAUAAGGCCUAACGAAAAGGUCUUCCUAGAUUUAGUCGGUCCUCUCCCUGAAACUCACGAACAUAAGUUCAAAUUUAUUCUUACACUGCAAGACGACCUGACUAAAUAUUCACAGGCUUAUCCAUUGCAAACAUGCUCGGCCGAGGAAACGGCCAGAUUAUUCGUUCGGUAUAUAUCUCACAUAGGUAUUCCCAAAAUGAUAGUCACAGAUCAGGGAACUAACUUUUGCUCUGAUGUAUUUAAGCAAUUAGAAAAGUUGUUCGGUAUAAAGCAUAUAUAUGCAUCUCCUUAUCACCCUCAAACAUGUGGUGCUCUAGAGAGGAGCCACUCGACUCUUAAAGAGUAUUUAAGAUCUUACAUUGGAGAAAACCAGCAUACGUGGAAUCUAUAUUUACCUACCGCUAUGAUUGCGUAUAACACAAACGUCCAUAGCACCACAGGAUUCUCGCCUAUGGAACUUUUGCUGGGUUUUAAACCUUAUAUCCCGAGUAGUAUUGACUCGCUAGAUAAUAAUACAUAUACCGACUACAUCAGAGCCCUUAAUUAUCGCUUAUGUUACAGCCGACAAAAAGCUAAAGAAAACAUUAUAUCUUCAAAAGAACGCUCAAAAAACUAUUAUGAUUCACGUACUAAACCUACAACUUAUAAAAUUGGCGAUAUGGUAUACGUUAAAUGCCAUCACAAACAAAAUAAAGCCUUAUCACCGGUGUGGAAAGGUCCUUUUCAAAUCAUUAAGCUAAAUGGACACCACACCGUUACAUUACUUAUAAAUAGAAAACAUGUACGUCAUCACUAUGACGAAAUAAAACUCGCAGCUGAUCAAACGUUAUCACCGUAACAUAACGCGCGUCUCUAUCUAUUCCAGGGCCGCACCACCGGUUAUUUGUGAAUUCGUUUCACAAAUCCGAGAUAGUCCUGGACUUUUCUUCGACAAACUUCUAGAUGUCAAAUUCACUAACGGCGAAUGGAAUGUCGUUACGUAUUUAGAUAUAAGUCAUAUUAAACCUAAUUUAGAUAAAGCGGAGUUCUUAUUCGAAAGAGUAAAUUUAUUUUGCAAUUCGUUUUCAUCGUCAAAGCUAAAAACAGACUGUACUAACUCUCUGUCUGCUUUACAUAAUCAACAUAUAACUAAUGUCAAUAAAUUUUCUU